AUGGUAGGAAUUGUCAAAUAUUUGUGUGCAAGUUGUGGAUAUAGGGAUAGGAAUCGAUUUUCAACCCAAAAUCGAUUCUCGUGCACAAAGUACGACGAUGACGGCGAUGUCAUAACUGUUGAGAUACUACGCGGUAAAUAUGAUAUAGAAGCGAUUGAAGUAUUGUCAUCCGAUCAAUAUCAUUAUCAGAGUUAUUAA